AUGAACUCAGCAACUCCAACAGCCCUGUCCUCUGCCUUUCACUUCUCCCAUUCUCCACGGCAGUCUGACAGGGGUGGUGGCACAGUUAGACACACUACUGAGUCUUUUCUCCAUCGACGAAACCCCACACAACGACUUCAACCUGCCAUCAGACAAGCAGCAGUCAUCCUGCCUGUUACCACUGCUAUCAUCCUUCAACCUCGUUCUCAACGAGACUCCUCCAAUGCACAGAACAGGCAAUGCUUUGGACCUGAUAUUCACCAGACCUAUCUCUGCGCUGGAUGCCAGCAAGAUCUUGCCCACCCUGCCCCCUGGCUGAGAGGUGUCCUGCGCAGCAACCGACAAGAUCUAAGGAAGGCUGAGAGAAGGUGGAGGAAACUGAACAAAUCCUGUAACCCAACCACCUGCCCACUGGAUCCCAUCCCAUCGGCAUUGUUUCAGUCUCUAUCUGAGGACCUACUGCCCUUCAUCACGUUUCUCAUCAACAAAUCCUUGGCAUCAGGUGAAGUUCCAUCAACUUUCAAGACUGCAAGAGUACUCCCCAUCUUGAAGAAACCCAUGCUUAACAGCUCUGAUGUCAACAACCACAGACCGAACCAGCUCCAAGACCCCAACCAGUCUGGCUUCAAACCAGCACACUCUACUGAAACUGCCCUCAUCGCAGUGACCGAGAACCUCCAAUCUGCAAUCCAAAUUGUCAUCUGUCAUCCUUCUUGAUCUCUCUGCAGCUUUUGACACAGUCAACCAUACGAUCCUUCUGGACAUCCUCAACAACCUCGGAAUCACUGGUUAUGCGUGGAAAUGGUUCAAGUCCUAUCUGGAGGAUUGCUUUUAUCAGAUUUCCAGUUGCAUCUCGGCAUG